AUGGUGUCACUUCCCUGGAUCCCUCUCGUAUUGGCAGUCCUGCUCAGCGGCCAUGGGCUGCGGAAGAAAUCCCUAUCACCCACUGGGGCCUUGACUGCAUUCUUCGUCGGGUUUCUGUCGCUGGCUGGAGGCACGUACGCAUUUGGUGUCACGUUGCUCGUAUUCUACUUUACGGGAAGUCGAGCCACGAAAUACGGGAAGAAACAGAAAGCUCAAUUGGAGGACGGUUAUCAUGAGGCUGGUUAUCGAGGAGGGUGGCAAGUGCUGUCCAAUAGCGCUACGGCAUUGAUAGCAACUUUCCUUUGGAACACCCUCUUUACUCCAUCCAGUCCUCAUGCUGCCUUGUCGGCAUUCUUCGGAUUGGAUAUCGCCAGUCAAUUGGGUAUUGGCGCAGUACCGACGUACGACAACGGUCCAGAGGGUUGGUGCCCUUUGGACGUCACAAUCGCAAACGGUUGGAGUAGGCUUUUGGUGUUGGCAAUUGUGGGACAUUUCGCGUGUUGUCUUGGGGACACUUUAGCUUCUGAGCUGGGAAUUCUGUCCCGAGCCCCACCGCGCCUCAUUACGACCUUCAAGCCUGUCCCUCCGGGCACGAAUGGCGCAAUGUCGACAGGGGGCACCAUUGCCUCUAUUGCUGGCGGCGCUAUUGUGGGAUUGGUGAUGGGUGUCAGUUUGGCGCUGGAAAACGUGAAAUGUUCUUCAGGUCUUGGUGGCGUGUUGUUGGGGACAAUUGGGUGGGGAAUGUUCGGAGGCGGAUUCGGCAGUCUGACCCAGACUUUUUGUGAUGGCCAGAUUCGCAGCUGGACUCGCUGCUAG